CUCCAUAACUUGAUUUUCCAAAUGUGUCACAGUCCCCGCGGCCUGUUCCCUGCUAACUACACAGGCCACCAAGGGCCUGGUAUGGGCAUGAGUGUAGAGGACGGGGGUAUGCCAGGCCUGGGCCGCCCCAGGCAGGCCCGCUGGACCCUGAUGCUGCUCCUGUCCACUGCCAUGUAUGGCGCCCAUGCCCCAUUGUUGGCACUGUGCCAUGUGGAUGGCAGAGUGCCCUUCCGGCCCUCGUCAGCCGUGCUGCUGACUGAGCUGACCAAGCUGCUGCUAUGCGCCUUCUCCCUCCUGGUAGGCUGGCAAACAUGGCCCCAAGGGGCUCUUCCAUGGCGCCAGGCUGCCCCCUUCGCACUGUCAGCCCUCCUCUACGGGGCUAACAACAACCUGGUGAUCUAUCUUCAGCGAUACAUGGACCCCAGCACCUACCAGGUGCUGAGCAAUCUCAAGAUCGGAAGCACAGCCCUGUUCUACUGCCUCUGUCUCCGGCACCGGCUGUCUGCACGCCAGGGCUUGGCACUGCUGCUGCUGAUGGCUGCAGGAGCCUGCUACGCCGCUGGUGGGCUCCAGGACCCUCGGCACGCCCUGCCUGGGUCUCCUCCAGCAGCUGCUGCCAGCCCCAUGCCCCUGCACAUCACUCCACUGGGACUGCUGCUUCUCGUCCUGUAUUGUCUUAUCUCAGGCUUGUCGUCUGUGUACACGGAGCUGCUCAUGAAGCGGCAGCGGCUGCCCUUGGCACUUCAGAACCUCUUCCUCUACACUUUCGGUGUGCUUCUGAACCUCGGUCUGCAUGCAGGCGGCGGCCCUGGCCCCGGCCUCCUGGAGGGCUUCUCAGGAUGGGCAGCGCUCGUGGUGCUGAGCCAGGCGCUGAACGGACUGCUCAUGUCAGCCGUCAUGAAGCACGGCAGUAGCAUCACGCGCCUCUUCGUCGUGUCCUGCUCGCUGGUGGUCAAUGCUGUGCUCUCAGCGGCCCUGCUGCGGCUGCAGCUCACAGCUGCCUUCUUCCUGGCCACGCUGCUCAUUGGCCUGGCAGUACGUUUGUACUACGGCAGCCGUUAGGCCCUGAUGGCCUCAUCCUGACUUCUGACGCUGGAGAUUGGGUGCCACCAUCAGAGCCACUUCCCAGCCCUCCCCACAGCAGCCCUGUGACAAGUGCCUUGUGAGAAAAGCUGGGGAAGUGAGAACAGCCAGUUGAGUGUCUGGAGUGGGUGGGUAAAAGAGUAGCUCUGGGGGAAUUGAAUAGUAGGUUUGGCUAAGGAAGCUCUUAAUCUCAACCCCCCCCCCCCAAAACCCAAAACCUCCCACCCCAACACACACACACCCAUUCUUCCAGUCUAAUGAAUUCUGGAAGCAUUAAUACCUAAGCCUGAGAAAUGACCCCAUCCCUGAUGGAGGAGGCUACCUGCCUCAUCUUGCAUAAAUACAGUUGCUUCAACUGUGGGCAGCGAUUGACUUUCCUUGCUAACUGGGGUCACCCCAGCAGACCCACUGCCCCCAGGCCUGAUUCUGGCUGCUCUAGCCCAGCUGUGGUGCAUGAUCCCUCAUAAGGGUUCUCACCCCUGCUAUCAUGCAGAAAUGCCCAGUUGCCAGACUGUACACCCAUCAGCCUCCCUUCACUCCAGCAGCACCUGGAGACAGUGCCCUGCCCCCUCCACAGUACUGCUCGCCACACCCAGCCUCUUUCUGGAAACCCCGAAGAGGGCUGGGGCUUGACUCAUCUCAGGGAAUGUUGCCCCUGGGCUCUGGCUUAAGCCUACACUCCUGACCUCUCUGCUCACCCCAAAGGCCCACUGGAAGCCUACUGCCCCCUCUGCAGCUCCUAGGAGGUGCCAUCCUCCCCAUUCUGGGUCCUGACCCACCUGGCAGUAUAUCCUAUCUCCCAACAGCCUAUUGAAGCUCUGCAGAGUAACCUGGGACCAGACAAGGGAAAUGCGUGUAACUCAAUCAGUGUAUCUAACUGCAUAAGCAAUAAGGUCUUAAUAAAGUGUUCUGGGGUGUAGGUCGUUCCUACAAUUGGC